UUUGAAUUUGAAGAAUGUUGAAGAAAAACUUUUGAGUCAGUAUGCAGAUAUUGCCAUCAGUGAAGGAAAAAUCACACUCACAGACUUUGCAAAAUAUUUAGGCAUCCCUGAAUCCGAACCAGCCCUUGUUGAGCUGUUUAAGUUGUAUGAUAAGGACAACUCGAGUACCAUUGAUUUUCGUGAAUAUCUUGUAGGAUACUGUCAGUAUUCAGAGCCAGCCAACACAGAAGAUACUCUCAAGUGGGCUUUUAAACUUUUUGAUCGGGGGGGUAAAGGUCAUAUUCUUCUUGAUGAUCUUGUUAAAGCUCUUCGAGCUUCCUUGGAUAUGACACCAGAAGAGACUACACGAAUAUUUAAGCAAGCCGAUCAAGAUAAUAAGGGCUAUAUAACAUACGGUAAGUGUGUGAUCUGUACAAGUCCCUGUAAUUCAUAUCAAGUGUAUGUUACCACUCAAUAACUCAUGUCUAGUCUUAAGUAGUCUAUAAGCAUUAGGAUUAGUCUACCUGAAGUGCAUGCUAGUGGCUUUCUUUUGUGCUUAAUAUUUUAUUACAUACAAGCUACAUUUUC